UCAGCUGAUUUGCCCUCCCGCCUUUCUUCAGCCGUCACGUGACUCGCUGGCAGGCGUUGCUGUCACCGCGGAGGGGAUGGGGGAGCAGUGACGGGGAAGAGCCUUUUUUGGCGUCGGCCGAUUUUCGUGCCUCUGCUUUCUCUCCCCCCCCCUCUCUUUUCUGCCCUCUCGUCAGACGCCGGGUCAUCUGUAUCUUCCAAAGUAAUCAGUGUCAAGAUAAAGUGACAAACAUGACAGAGUUCUGGCUCAUUUCCGCUCCUGGGGAGAAAACGUGUCAGCAAACAUGGGAGAAACUGAAUGCUGCAACUACUAAAAAUGCCAACCUCUCCACCAAUGCAAAGUUUAAUAUUCCAGAUUUAAAGGUCGGCACCCUUGAUGUUUUAGUUGGUUUGUCAGAUGAGCUGGCUAAACUGGAUGCAUUCGUGGAAGGUACUGUGAAGAAGGUGGCGCAGUAUAUGGCUGAUGUGCUCGAAGACAGUAAAGAUAAAGUUCAUGAAAACCUUCUGGCCAAUGGUGUUGACUUGGUCACCUACAUAACCAGAUUCCAGUGGGAUAUGGCAAAGUAUCCAAUCAAGCAGUCUCUGAAGAAUAUUUCAGAAAUAAUUGCUAAGGGAGUGACUCAGAUUGACAAUGAUCUAAAAGCAAGGGCAUCCGCAUACAACAGCUUGAAAGGCAACCUUCAGAACUUGGAAAGGAAGAAUGCGGGAAGUUUGCUAACAAGAAGUCUUGCCGAAAUUGUAAAGAAAGAGGACUUUGUACUUGAUUCCGAAUAUUUGAUGACAUUGUUAGUAGUUGUACCAAAGUCUAAUUAUAAUGACUGGGUUAAACAAUAUGAAACACUGACAGAUAUGAUAGUCCCACGAUCCAGCAAUGUUCUUUCUGAGGACCAGGAUAGUUAUCUCUGUAACAUCACCUUGUUCAGGAAAGUAGUGGAUGAAUUCAGACAAAAAGCCAGGGAAAACAAAUUUAUGGUCCGUGACUUUCAAUAUAAUGAAGAAGAAAUGAAGGCAGACAAACUAGAGAUGGACAGACUGUCUACUGACAAGAAAAAACAGUUUGGACCUCUUGUCCGGUGGCUGAAAGUGAAUUUCAGUGAAGCUUUCAUUGCAUGGAUUCAUGUGAAAGCACUAAGAGUCUUUGUUGAAUCAGUUCUCAGGUAUGGUUUGCCAGUCAACUUCCAGGCAAUGCUGCUCCAACCAAACAAGAAAAUGAUGAAGAAAUUGAGAGAGGUUUUGUAUGACUUGUACAAACACCUUGACAGCAGUGCUGCAGCUAUCAUUGAUGUAAGAAAAGAAGGAGACAAUACAGAGACUUUUUGCAAAAUCAUACCACUCCAUACAGAUGGAUAUUACUGGAAGGCCUUCCACUACAAUGGGAAAAAAGAAAAGACUGACUUUGUUUCUAAAGAGAAAAUAUUCCUGAAGCAACAACAGAAAGCGAGUGACGGAUCUGAGAAAGUGGAAGACAAUAAAGAGGCAGAAGAAGAAUAUAGAAAGAGGGGAAGUUCUGACAAUGCCGCAAAUAGCUUGGCAGAAUCCUCUGACCUGGAAGCAGAAUUAGGGGAUGCGGCUCCUAAACCUUUAAAAGUUAGACUGGAUUUUGAUAAGAAGUGCAAAGGAAAGAAAUAA